GGUUCUACUUUUGUCCCUGGUGAUUGUGUUGAUUGGUACCGGGUGGUCGUUUUCGGAACCCUCUUUGCAAGGACAAGGUGGGAAAAGGCGCUGAUGAUAGUGAUUCCACUACAGGUUUUGGGCAAUGUGGCUUCCAUUGUUAUAAGAGAAAAGG